UAUUUCUCUCCUUUUUAAAGACUUUUUCUUUGUUGUUUCCUUCGUUGUUGUUUUACUUAAAGCGAUUGCUUUUCUGGAUUUAUUUGUGUUCUCGAGGGUUUUUGAAAACUGAAUAAUUUCUAGUUCUUUUAAAUUCAAAAUAUCUAUUUUAAUAUCUACCGGUUCUGUAUUCGUCUGCUCUUUUUUUUUGUGGGUUUCUCUGAUUGUGUGCAAGCAUCUUCUCCAGAAACUUCUAUUGAACCAUUAUUUGCUGUUUUUUUGGAAGAAAAAAGAAGAGAGCAAAAGAUAUAGCGAAAAAGUCGAAUUUUUUGCUCGGAGUUUGAUAAUCUUUACAGAAUUUUUGUGGUUUGAGAAGUGGGUUGUGAUCAGUUUGAUUUACAGAGUAAGGGAUUGAGCUUCUCAUUGCUGUUCAGCUUUUCACAUCACUGGAGUUAGGAUAAUACUUUUUUUGGAUGGGGACUGAUCUUGUUGAAGUUGAAGAAACACCAUGUCCACGUGAUAUAAAGGUGCAUCAUCUAAUGUGCAUAGAGCUAAUGACAUUGGUUGAUAGAGUCUCAAAUAUAUUUCCAGAAAUUGAAGCAGCACGGCCCCGAUGUUCAACAGGAAUACAAGCACUUUGCUGCUUGAACAACGCAAUUGAGAAAGCCAAAUUACUGCUUCAGCAUUGCAGCGAGUCUAGUAAGCUCUACUUGGCAAUAACAGGGGAUGCAAUACUGUCGAGAUGUAAAAGAACAAGGAGCUUGUUGGAGCAAGGUUUAAGCCAAAUUCAAAACAUGGUUCGAGUAGAGUUGGCUGCGGAGAUUUCUAGAAUCAUUGUUGAACUUAGGAGUGCGAAGUUUAGCUUGGAUUCAUCUGAAGAAGAGGCUGGGAAGGUCGUGCGAGCAUUCCUCCAGCAGUAUGCAACUGCAACAGAUUCAAUUGAAAAAUCUGCAAUUGAGACUAUUCAAUUUGCAGCUUCAAGGCUUCAGAUAACUUCCCAGAGGGCUCUUGUGAUGGAGAGAAGAUCUAUUAAGAAGCUGCUCGGUAAGGUUGGUGAUGGUGAUCCUGGAAAAAAACAGAUCUUGGUAGGCCUUUUGCAUCUGCUGAAGAAUUAUGGACAAUUAACUGGGAGGGAGCAAACAGAAAAUGCCUUUGUACAGCAUGGAGAAUCUUUUUCAUUAGCAGCCUCUUGCGAGCAAUCCGUUGAAGUGGAAUCUCGUGUUAAAUAUGGGCAUGAUGAAGCUCAUCCUGACAUGUUGAGUAGACCGAUACCUCCUGAAGAAUUUCUGUGUCCCCUGUCUUUGAGAUUGAUGUAUGAUCCUGUUAUCAUUGCUUCUGAGCAAACAUUUGAAAGGAUGUGGAUACAGAAGUGGUUUAAUGAAGGUCAUGAUACAUGUCCAAAGACCAAAAGGAAGCUUGCCCAUUUGUCAUUGACCCCGAAUACUGCCAUUUUGAACCUUAUUUCAAAGUGGUGUAUGGCGAAUGGAGUAACCAUUACUGACCCAUUUGAACAAUCGGCAGAGAUUCAACCAUGGGAAGCUUCUUCCUCUUCGAUUGCUAGCUUGAGAAGUAUUAUGAAUGAUCUACGGCUUCCAAUUGAUUUCAGCAAUGUAUCACUUGAAUCUUUAGAUAUUAGUUACAAUUCUGAUUCAUCAAGUUUCAACAUGACAAAUGGCUUAAACUUGAUGUCAGAGCAAAGGAAUGUUAAUUGUCACAGAUUUCAGUCAUAUGAAAAUGCACAUGGAAUAGAUAUGAGGAUUUUAUCUGAACUUGAUGCACUUUCCUGGGAAUCUCAAUGUGAGGCUGUUGAAAAUGUCAAAAGCCUUCUUAACAACGUUGAUCAAGCUUGCUGUUCAUUAUCGUGUGAGAAUUCUGUUGAACCACUUAUUAGGUUUCUGAAGGACGCACAAGACAAGCGUGAUAUAAAAGCUCUUCGAAUUGGAUCUCAGUUGCUGUUAGCAUUUGUAAGCAAGUGCAGAAGCAGUAUACCAUACUUACCUGAAGAUGCAUUCAGUCUAUUGGCAUCAUUUCUUGAUAUGGAAGUAAUUGAAGAAACUCUUGCCAUUAUGGAGGUGUUGUCUUCCCACCACUAUUGUAGAUCUAAAAUUGCGGCAUCUGGUGCACUUGCUUCCAUCCCAAGUAUACUUGACAGACAGAUAAGGAAAUUCCAGGAACUAGCUAUCAAAAUACUAUAUAAUUUGUCCUUCAACAGUGAUAUUUGUUCCCUUAUUGUUUCUUCUAAGUUCAUCCCCAAACUGGUUCCUCUUUUUGAGGACACUGCUCUUGCAAGAUACAGCAUAUCCAUUUUGAACAACUUGUGCAAUAAAGAAGAUGCGAGGGCUUCUGUUGCUGAAACUGAAGGAUGCAUUGCUAGCAUUGUUAAACUACUUGAGACUGACAGUCGCGAGGCCCAGGAGCAAGCAGUGACUGUUCUCCUUUCUCUGUGCUUUCAACGAGCUCAAUAUUGUCAGUUGGUCAUGGAUGAGGGUGUUAUCCCUGCCCUUUUUACCGUGUCCGUAAACGGGAAUGACAAAGGAAAGGCAAGUGCAAUGGAAUUGCUUCGACUCUUGACAGAUACUGAAUAUAGUGACUUACAAGAGUGCUCUGUAUCUGAUCAAGUUUUCUCUAGAGACACUGGCAACCACUAUAGAGAGCAGAAAUCAUCUUCCAGAGCAUCUAAACUUUUUGGGAUGAAAAUGUCAAUAUUCUCAAAAAACAGUUCUUUGGCACCAAAAAAGAAAAAGUAGAACUCAGAUCUUUAUCCCAUUUAGAACCUGUGGUUCCCAGCCUCUCUUGAUGAUUAGUGUCAUAGAAUGCAUCCAGGUAAGAUUCUUUGCUUCUCCAAAGUUCUGCGCACAAGGCUUCUAGAUUUACUUGGAGGAGAACAUUAUUAUUACAGCAAAGCUGAUAUAGCUAGUGGGUAAACAAUUAGGUUUUCUCAACUCCCAGCAUGUUCUCUCGAUUAUCUUAGAUAACACUCGGGAUAUUUCUCCGAUCAUUCUGCAAAUUUGCACUUGGUCAAAUUGUAUACUUUCUGCAAGUUUGCACUUAGUUAGAAUGUAUGUUUGUUAUGUGGUCUUUUUGUUAAUAUGGUGUUUUAAGUUGAUGUUUCUUCUUCUGAUGUGUAGAAGUGCUCCAACAUUUAAGCAUACUCUUGUACAAUUGUGUAUUGGUGUGCAUUUAAAUACAAAAUUCUGCUUUUGUUUUAGCUCA